AAGCUGCUUUCCAGGCACCUAUGGAUGUCAGGUUUUUUUUUUUGUUCUUCUCAGUUUAGAGUGUGCUUUAGCUAUUAUGUAUUGACCCAGUAAUAUUAUCUGCUGCCAGACCUAUACCCUUUUUUAAAGAACAAUAGGUUUUAAAGAUCUCAUCUAGGCAUCCCAUGGAGUCUACAGGUAAAAGCAGGCAAGGUAUAUCUCCAGGAUCUGAAGGAGAAUCUCUUUUUACUUACUGUUCUGGUGAGAAAUUGUGCAGUUAACAAACAAGUUAGCAACCUGAUCGUGCUGAGGUACAUAAUGGAGCAAUGGUUUUUCUAGACAAUGACUUUGGUCUUUUGUGGAGCUUCUGAUGGGUUUGCAGUGACUUUGGGAUUUUUCCAGACAAUGUACCAUACUUAUAAAUAUGUUGUAAUCUCUUUGAAAGCAUGCUGUGAGAAUGUUAGGUUUUUGACACAAAUGCUAAACUCUAUCAGUGCAAAGCACUGAGCAUUUAACUGCACAAAUGCUUAUUUUCUGUUUGUUUUUCUGGUAUUAGUAGUAAUAUCUGAAACUGGUGGACUAACUUGGGAGAUAGCUAAGGUUAGAAUACUUUUAUCCUCCAUAAACAGUGCAAGCUGUGGUUAAUUUGUAUUGAAAGAUGAUAGCCGUAUAUAGCUGUCUGUCAUGUGAGAUGGCUCACAGGCAUUUUUUAUACUUCUUUGUACCAUGAAAAGGACCAAGCAGAAAGGCGUGCAUUGUGUUAAGCCUGUGAUCACAGAUUGACUAGCACAGUCUGAAAAGAGAUUGUGGAUGCUGAGAACAAGAUCAGUUUAAUUGCUCUUCCUGCAUCAGCAGCAGCAUCUAUAAAGCAUCCUGGGAAUUGCCUGCCCUACGCUCGGAGCAAGCUGGUCACAUGAGUCUGAAUUUUCAGUUCAGUUCAUUAGUCAGCCAUUUUGGUCAACACCCUGCUUACUGCGCACAACCAAUCCUAUUAUCACUCUGUAUCUUGGCUUAUCCGAAGGGGAGUGAGAGGGAAGCUGGUGGAUUUCAGCAGUUCUGGAUACCCUCUCUUCUAUAGAUUCUACAAUCUGUGGAUUUUUAAAAACCUCUUAAGAAGACAGUAAAGAGCUUUUUUUUAUUGGAUGCAGAGGCCAUGUUUGCUGUGUUCAUUUAGGAGAAUUUGUUUCUAGUCAGACUGAAGAGAAGUGAGUGUGUUGCAGAAGGAAACAGAGGAAGAGACUACAGAAGAGAAGGGGUAUCUGCCCCCACCCCUUCGCACCCUGUGCCUUGCUUUUGGUCAAAAUUAGUGCAGUGUGUGCAAUCUGGAGCAAACCAUUUCUAGAUAAGCAAGGCAUUUUAUUGUUGCCGGAAAACCUUUCCUUUUUGGUUUUUUGGUUUUUAUUUUAUCAUUGUAUCAGCUGAGUCAUCAUGUCUGCUCUGACGCCACAAGGCGAUAUGCCAACCCCCACCACGGAGAAGAUCACACAGGCUGCCAUGGAGACGAUCUAUCUUUGCAAAUUCCGAGUGUCCAUGGAUGGAGAAUGGCUUUGUUUGCGAGAGCUAGAUGACAUCUCUCUUACACCCGACCCUGAGCCUACCCAUGAAGACUCUUGGGAGGAUUUGACAGAUUUGGUGGAGCAAUUGCGCGAUGAUACAGAAGACCCCAACUAUCUCAUGGCUAAUGAACGCAUGAACCUGAUGAAUAUGGCUAAACUGAGUAUAAAGGGUUUGAUUGAGUCUGCUCUGAAUCUUGGGAGAACACUGGACUCUGACUAUGCACCUCUUCAGCAGUUUUUUGUAGUGAUGGAGCAUUGCCUUAAACAUGGCCUAAAAGCCAAGAAGACUUUUCUGGGCCAAAACAAGUCAUUUUGGGGACCCUUGGAACUGGUAGAGAAAUAUGUCCCUGAAGCUGGAGAAAUCACAGCAAGUGUUAAAGAUCUGCCAGGGCUGAAGACGCCUGUGGGUAGAGGAAGAGCCUGGCUUCGUUUAGCGCUAAUGCAGAAGAAGCUUUCAGAGUACAUGAAAGCCUUGAUUAACAGGAGGGAAAUUCUCAGUGAAUUUUAUGAACCAAAUGCACUCAUGAUGGAGGAAGAAGGUGCCAUAAUUGCUGGUCUUUUAGUAGGCUUGAAUGUCAUUGAUGCAAAUUUCUGCAUGAAGGGUGAAGAUUUGGACUCCCAGGUUGGAGUUAUUGAUUUUUCGAUGUACUUAAAGGAUGGGAACAGCAGUAAGGGUAAUGAGGGAGAUGGUCAAAUUACUGCAAUUCUGGACCAGAAAAAUUAUGUAGAGGAACUCAAUAGACAUUUAAGUGCCACAGUCAAUAAUCUGCAGGCAAAGGUUGAUGCUUUGGAAAAAUCCAACACUAAACUUACAGAGGAGCUUGCUGUUGCAAACAACAGAAUUAUAACACUACAAGAAGACAUGGAGCGAGUUAAAGAAGAAAGUUCAUUUAUUUUGGAAUGCAACAGAAAGGUAACUAAGCAAGAGAGAACUGCGGAUGGACAUGCUCUUACUGAAGCACGGAAACAGUUGAAGGAGGAAACACAGCUGCGGCUGGAUGUGGAAAAAGAACUGGAAGUGCAGAUUGGAAUGAGACAAGAAAUGGAACUGGCCAUGAAGAUGCUGGAAAAAGAUGUGUGUGAGAAGCAAGAUGCGCUGGUGGCACUCAGGCAGCAACUUGAGGAUCUCAGGGCCCUAAAACUUGAACUUUCCUUCAAGCUGCAGAGUUCAGACCUGGGAGUGAAACAGAAGAGUGAACUAAACAGUCGCUUGGAGGAGAAGACAAAUCAGAUGGCUGCAACCAUUAAACUGCUUGAACAAAGUGAAAAGGAUUUGGUGAAACAGGCAAAAACCUUAAAUAGUGCAGCAAACAAACUGAUUCAGAAGUCCCAUUAGGCCUUUCGUUUCUUUCUUUUUCCUUGUUUUCCUUGUUUCUUUUUGCAGCUGGUCACCUCACAACUCUGACAUCUCAACUCAGCUAUGAGGCAAAAGCAAAAUAAAGUCAAGAAUUUAGAUGUCAGAUUUAAAGUUGUCACCUAAAGUUGACUUGGAUUUUGGAGGAUUUUUACAUUUUAAAAAAUCUGUUGGUUUUUUUUAAGUAGAAAAAGUUAGUCUAUAACUUUCCCAGUUAUUUGUUGUGUAAACUUUACUAAACUACAAGCAGUUUGACUUCAGAAAAUCACAAGUAAAAUGAGAUUUGUGGCUUUGUACAUAUAAUUGAUAUGAAGUGUAUACAGCACAAACUUUUUACUGUUGACAAGAUACUGGAAAAGGGGAACUCCAUUCUGCCCCCCAUGCUUAAAUUUAAGGAAAGCUGAGGUAGUUUUCUCUGUUACCUUGUUGUGAAAUAGACGAAGAAAAUAUACACAUGAGAGCUGAGAGCAGUUGGGCACUGCUGCGAGCUGUGAUCCUGUAGCUCUCGUUCCUCUCAAACGCAAGUCUAAGAGAAGCUCACAUCACAAGUAUGAUUCUGGUCAUCAUCAAAAGGGCCUCGUCCUGGUUCACCAGAGCCUUGUCCACACUGCACGCUUUCCCCACAAGCAUUUAUUGCAAAUGCAUGUUAUUUGGAAGUCUGUCCAACAUGCCGGGGCCUGCACAGCACACAAUGCAAGAAAUGCAGCAGCCCCUGGAUACCCAGCAAGCCUCGCUAUUGGGCAGUAUAAAAGGAAAAAUAACAAUAGUGAUGAUGAUGAUGAUGAUGAUGAUGAUGAUGAUGAUACUUGGCUUUAAGUUAUUCCAACUGAAGGGUGGUCAGGUUAUACUCUUUCACUUUAGAGCAAGGCAAAGUGUUUCUGCCUGGAUUUUCUCAGUUCCUUGCACUUUUCACCCUCUUUGAAAUGUGGGUAAAUAAAACUGCAUUGUUCUGCAAUCUCCUCCAAGACGACUUUCCUAAGACCAUUUGCCAGACAACCCCAUUAUCGUGCUAUAACCCACUGUGUGUGAGCAUAAAGAAAUAAGCUGAGAAACAGAGAUAACCCAGAAUAAAUAAUGCUGACCAAAUUUGCACCAAGCUGUCACUGGAAUAUUUUGAAGUGAAGGGACAAGCCACGAUAGCAAGCCCAUUCCAGUCCUUUUGCACUGGGAAAAAUAAUUCGUUAAUCUUUUCAUUCACCCCUUUAAGUGGCAUGAGUGCAGAGCCCAGUUGCUAGCUCUUUCAAAAAACCAGAUACCCUUUUAAUCUCUGCAUUGUCUUCUACCUCUGCCUUUAUUUUCCAAAUAAAAUAAAAUAGAUAGUGGUUCUCUUUUCCUGAAGGACUUUCAUGAUAGUGUGUGUUCCCCUCUCUUCCUCUUGUAGGAAAGAUGGAAUCAUGUAUUUUACAAAACAGUUUGUUGUUCUUACCUUGUUUAAGAGGGAUGAAUGGAAUAGGUAGUGAUUUACUGCUGGCCAGUCAUUGACAGUAGCUAUGGCAUACAAUAACCUGGUUGUUGUUUAAAGUUGCCUUUUGCUAUUGCUAAAAUUUGACCCUAAGUAUUUGAUUCAGAUAUGGGAAGAGUUGCAGUGAAAGACCAAGGAAAGCUUAGAGUCAAGAUAAACACCAUGUUGCAGUGUAAAAACAUUUUUUGUUGUUGUUGUUUAGGGUUAAAUUGGGGUGCCUCUUUCUGGAGGCUGCAAGUGCUCCCAUUACUGGUCCCUAAACAGGCUUAAGUGUUUAAGUCAGCCUUCAACCUAGUAUCUUCCAGGUGUGUCGGACUAGAACUUGUAGUCAAGCAUAUCUGGAGGGUGUCAGAUUGAGGAAGGUGGAUGUAGAUAGUCAUUAGUAAGACCAGUCAAGAUACCCCAAAUAGGGCUUUGGUUUAUUUUUAGUUUCAGUAGUCUGCCUUUUUUUUUAAGUUCCCUCUUAUAAAAAUUCCCUGUUUUGUGUUCAAGCAAAUUGGAGAGUAGGGGGAAAAUAACUUUAGUAGAGAUGGAGGAAAGAACUGUUGCCUCAUCUUAAAAUCUUUGGGGCAGAAUUGUGUUCUCUUGCAAGCUUGCAGAGCUGUCUUUGGCAAAGCAGCUGAUUUGUUAGGUCUGUUCUCUUUUCUUUUAAAAAAAUAAGAAACCCGGAGAAUUGCACUUCAGUGUAGCAUGCUUGUAAAUGUACCCAGCUCAUUUGAAGUAAACUGUUCAGGCAGUGCAGGCACCAUUUAAAAUUCUGUCUCGGGGUUAAAUGUUUUCAGUAGAUAUCCAAAUGUGAUACCGCCAGAACAAUUACAAUGCCAGCCACCUCUUCUUGGAGGUAGAAUUUUGAGCUUUCACAUUCCUAAAAUCCACCUGGCAGGCUUGACAUGGGCCACAUGUUCUGGCUGAUCACUCAUUUUGAUUUAUCAGCAGGUGUGAAAUGAGAGCACUCAGGGGUGCAGCUCUGUCAAAACCACGGGGAGGAAUUGCUCCUUCCUAAACACACUGCUUCAAAAUCCUAACCUACAACCCCGGCUCUUUAAAAAGCCCAUUAGAGACAAACUUUAGAACAGCAGAAAACACAGUUAUCAACCCUGAACCUCAGGUGCCCUGAUUUCAAAGGGGGAUAGAGUACGACCCCUUAGAAUGUUGUUACAAGCAGAAUCUGUCCUCAUCCCCACCUUAAAUAGGCUGAGGGCUGGAAAAGAGGGAAUGUUGUUCUUGGAAUGGUCCUGGAUUCUGUGACAGAGUGCCCAGAUUCUUUGCCCCUUUCUUCCCCACCCCUUUGGCUUGGAUUUCUAUGCUGUCCGCCACUCACCCUGGAAAGGCCAGUAGGAAUGCCCAGAGGGGCCCAUGCCACCUUUCUCUGUGCUGUCUGUAGACUUUGGUGUGGGUGCAGCACUUUUAAGGAAGUGAUUUCCAUGCACAUUCUGAGCAGGCAUGUGGAGAAAGUUGCCACGUGCCCCGGCCACAUGCCACGGCGCGCCUCAAGAUGGCAGGUCCGUGGUGGACAGGCAUGUGCGAUCGAUCGCCUUAGGGUUCUGCUGAGUGAUACCCUCCACCUCUCCGUUUGCCCUCCAGUUAAGCCAUCGUGUUGAGUAUUUGUCACAUGGCCGGUGAAUACAUGUAGCCUGAAAUCAGUUUUAUAUUGUGAAAGUAAACUCCCCUGCCCCCAGCCCCAUUGCAGCAAAGCCUCAAGUAGGCUGGGAAUCCCAAGUACGUGUCCACGACUCUGUAUUCAGUCUGGAGCCCUGUGUGUUUAACCUGAUGUAACAGUUGUGGAAGAGACCAGAUACAUGCACUAAUUUCUUAAUAUAGUAGGUAUCGCAUUAUGCAAGUUCCAGUUACUUGUAUAAAGCUGCAGUGUAACGUAAAUUUAAAAAAAAAAAACCUUACAAAUACUGUGUACUUGAGACUUGCUUUGACUAUGGAUAAAAGUGAUGUUUUAUGUUUAUCAUCUAAUGACUGUAAGCUGUAGUAAUAGAAUAAAAAAAUUGAAAAUAGAA